AUGCCCAAACACCACCAUAACCCCCGAAUUCCCAUUUUUCCCCCCAGGAAAACCGUGGUGUGUCCCAUCAUCGACGUGAUCAGCGACGACACCUUCGAGUACAUGGCGGGCUCGGACAUGACCUACGGGGGCUUCAACUGGAAGCUGAAUUUCCGCUGGUAUCCCGUGCCCCAGAGGGAGAUGGAUCGCAGGAAAGGGGACAGGACCCUGCCCGUCAGGACCCCAACUAUGGCUGGUGGCCUGUUUUCUAUUGACAGGAACUACUUUGAAGAGAUAGGAACUUACGAUGCAGGAAUGGAUAUCUGGGGUGGCGAGAAUCUUGAAAUGUCCUUUAGGAAUUCCUGGGUGGUGAAGGUGGAUUAUGGAGAUGUUUCCGUCAGGAAAGCCCUGCGGGAGAGCCUGGGGUGCAAACCCUUCUCCUGGUACCUGGAGAACGUCUACCCCGACUCGCAGAUCCCGCGGCGCUACUACUCCCUGGGAGAGAUCAGGAAUGUUGAAACCAACCAAUGCUUGGACAACAUGGGCCGCAAGGAGAAUGAAAAAGUGGGAUUUUUCAACUGCCACGGCAUGGGAGGGAACCAGAUUUUCGUGUGA